CGCAUUUCGAUUCUUCCCAAGCCUCAUAAUAAAUCCCUCCAUUACCCCAAAUUUCGCGUUCAAGCCAGCAUCGCCAUUGGUGUGUGAAACAAAACCCAUCCUCUUCAAUCCUCAAGUCUGGGUCCAAUAACACCCACAUUUACAUCCGAAGCCAUGCCCGCCUCCGUCGCCUCCGCGCCGGUCCACCGCACCGUGGCCAAAACGCCCGCGUCCCGAGCAAAGAAACCCGUCUCGAAGCCUAACGGUGCUGUCAACGGUGCUGCAAUGAACGGAAUGGCGCAGGCAUCGCCGUAUGGGAUUAUGGCAUCGCGGAUUGCGAAUCGAGUUGCCGAGAUGGCUGAGAAUAUUACUUUCGUCGAACGAGAACGACCGCAGUCCCACCCCUCUCCCCCACCCCAGAAACAAACCCGCAAGCCCCCUCGCAAACUCGAAAUGCGGAUUCCAAAUUCGGGUCCCUCACCCACUAAUAUCACCUUCUCCGCACCUUUCCUCGACAACACGCUUUCGAAGCUAUUGGCGCUGCAGAAUCGCAUGUUAAAGGUGAGCCAGGAUAUUGCAGCUAGUGAAGAUGUCGAAGAGAGCGUCAAGCAUGAGCAGUUUAAUCAGAGUGCGGAGUUGAGUCGGAUUAUUGCGUUGAUUUGUGCGGAGAAGGCAAGACAGGGGGCUUAGGUGAGGACGAAAAGGAGUAGGGAUGAGUGUGGAGGAUGGGGAAGGCGGGUGGUUGGUGUGAUGGAAUUCAGGGCUGAAUACUUACGUGGAGAACUGGUUUGUCUCAGCGUUUCGAAGGUCUUUGGAUGAGCAAUUUGCAUGACACUUGUGUUUUAUUUAUCUUUCCCUAUGGGUUAGUAAGGUAACUGAUCAUUUGCGUUGAGUCUGCAGUUGAUCUCGUUUAUGUAUGAUAUGUCCCGUUAGUAGAAAAGCACAUAGUUACGAAC